AUGGGGGCUUCCGAGAGCACCCCAGCGACUCCCACCUCCAAGCCGCUGCUGAACAAGCACCUGGCGCAUGUCAGUGAUCCACGCUCCCCUACGGCUGGGAUCCUGAGAACCCCCAUAGAGGUGGAGAACUCCCCGCAGGGGAGUCCCCAGGCGGAUUCCAAGGAGGAGGGAACAGUAGACAAUGACCAGAAUCUGAACUUGGACCCUCGGUCCCCGACGCCUGGCAUCUCGCGCACACCCUUGAAAGCUGUGGUGGCCGACACCAUCAACAACCUGGUGAAGCAGCUCAAUGAGGCCUUUGCCGCAACAGAUGCCGAGGAGGGGCCGCUCCCCGAGGACCCCUCACAUCGAAGCCAGAAUCAGGAGGGGGCCUCUGUCAUUGAGGAGGCUUCCUCUGGGGGAGUGUCCCGGAGGGAAGAGGGGCGGAAAGAGCAACCGUCCGAGAACGCUUCCGUUGCGGCUGCCCCGAGAGCGGCGGCAAACCCCAACGAUGCCCGUUGGCCUGCAGGGAGCAAGCCAGUAAGGCGCAGGGGCAGCGGCAAGACUCUGGCUGUCUCAACAGGCUCCGGGCGGUCUCCUCUCAGUGUUCUUCAGGACGACAAUUCCCCUGGUUCCCUUGUUUCUCAGAGUAAGAGGCACCCAUCAGUGGCAGACAGCCAUGGAGAGCGCAAGGAAGGAUCGUUGCCCUCUGGCCGAGCCCUCAAAGCAGGCAGCUGCGGUCGGGGGUAUGCCUUGAACAAGGAGAAUCAGCAGUGUCGCCUGGUGGAAAACUAGUCUCCUUCCAGCUGCCCCUGGGACUCCUGGCUGCUGACAGAAGCCCUUAAAGAGCGGAGGGGGCUGGAGGCAA